AUGCAAUUCUCCAACAUCUUCUUGUUGGCUGCUGCCAUUUUCUCGACUUCGGCGACCGCCUGCAAGUGCCUGCAUAGCAGCACCAAGGAGCCUAUCCCUGAAUCCACCGAGUCUUGUUGCGGAAUCGCUGGCGGCAACUAUGUCGGAGAUGACUGCACCAUCGACUCUCUACAGAACAACAAUCUUUACGACUUUCGAAUUUGCUGCGCCUACAGGAGCGCUCUAGAAGAUUGCUAA